AUGUCCAGUCUGCACGAGCUGCUCAACCUUCAGACUCAGCCUAUAGAUGAGAGCUACGUCGAGAAGCUCACAGCUCUUUUGAAAAGUGGUAUCCCAGCUACAUACACAAUCGAGCAGAUAGCUGCACAUGAGGCCGGCCAGGACGAUGUCCAGGAUACCGGUUCUAAUACCACACCAUUACAUACCCUGAUAAGAUCGCUUCCGGAUGUGUUCAGCGAAAAAGAAACCCAGAUAGUGCUCAAGAUGAUGGAUGUCCUGUUCGAAUUUGGUGCCGGGUGGAACUUUUUAGACUUCGAGAACAAAAGCCCCGGAGACUUACUCUUCGAAAGGGGGUUUUGCGACGGUAACGUUCUGUAUAAUCGUAUUGUUGAGGCGGGUGUGUCUGCAGAACUGCUACUAAGAAAGCUGAACGAUGACAUUGAGUUUCUCGAUGUCGAACAAGAAGACAAAGAAGAAGAGGAGGAAAUUGAAAGUGAGGUGCCUUCCUCACAAGGCAGUGUGGCUGCUGAACACGCAGAGCAACAUGAUACUGCCGAACACCAGGCUGCUUAUUUGAAGGCAGACUUGGAAUACACCGCCAACGCGUUGGUCACCAAAGAAAACAAAGACGGAGUGAUGAUGGAUUGGGAAACCGACAUCAUGCGUUUGGCCUGCGAGACUAUGUUCCAACACCAUGACGCUACGGCGGACGGACCUGUGGUGUUAAACAUCGGGUUCGGAAUGGGAAUUAUCGACACGUUUAUCCAAGACCGUCAGCCCGCUAAACACUACAUUUGUGAGGCGCACCCUGACGUUUUGAAGCACAUGCGGGAGCAGGGUUGGCACGAAAAGCCAAAUGUUGUCAUUUUGUCAGGACGCUGGCAGGAAACUCUCUCCAAACUCUUGGACGAGGGCUCUGUGUUCUUCGAUGCUAUUUACUAUGACACUUUUAGCGAACACUAUGCCGACAUGCUAGACCUAUAUGACACUAUCGUCGGCCUGAUCAAGCCCGACGGUGUCUUCUCAUUUUUUAACGGACUGGGCGCGGACAGACAAGUAUGCUACGAUGUUUACAAACGGGUAGUGGAGAUGGACGUUAAGAAUUACGGCAUGAAGUGCGAUUUUGACACGAUCCCACUGCCCAAGAAUCCUGAUUGGGAAGACGUACGGAGAUCUUAUUUUUCCUGCGACAGAUAUUAUCACCCUAAGAUUCGGUUUGCCUGA